GCUUAAUUUACAAUAUUCUUAUAUGACUUCAGAUGUUGGAGAAGACAGAGAUGAAAUUUGAUCCAGAAGAAGUGAUUGAGGAAUUUGAAGCUUUGACCAAAGAAGCUGGGAAAGUUCAAGAAGAAACUCUUAAGAAGAUACUAGAAGAAAAUGGAAGCACUGUGUAUCUACAACAAUGGGGUCUAAAUGGAAGAACUGAUCCUGAGAUUUUCAAGGCUUGUGUUCCUCUUGUCACUCACAAAGAUUUAGAGCCUUAUAUUCAAAGAAUUGCUGAUGGGGAUCUUUCCCCUGUUCUCACUGGAAAACCCAUUACAACAAUCUCAUUAAGUUCAGGUACUACUCAGGGAAGGCCAAAGUUUGUACCUUUCAAUGAUGAAUUGAUGGAAUCCACUAUGCAGAUAUACAAAACUUCUUUUGCUUUUAGGAAUAGAGAAUUCCCAAUUGAGAAUGGGAAGGCAUUGCAGUUCAUUUACAGCAGCAAGCAGUUCAAGACAAAGGGAGGUUUGGCAGCUGGAACUGCAACUACCAAUGUAUAUCGUAACGCGCAUUUCAAGAAGACAAUGACGGCAAUGCAAACCCCAUGUUGUAGCCCUGAUGAAGUUAUAUUUGGUCCUGAUUUCCACCAAUCUUUGUACUGCCAUCUCUUGUGUGGGCUCAUUUUUCGCGAUGAAGUGCAAGUUGUCUCCUCUACAUUUGCCCACAGCAUUGUCCAUGCUUUUAGAACUUUCGAACUAGUCUGGGAAGAACUUGUUGCAGACAUAAGAGAGGGAGUCAUCUCUAGCCGAGUCACGGUCCCUUCCAUGAGAUCAGCAAUUAUGAAAUUACUGAAGCCUGAUCCAGAACAGGCUGAUUCCAUUUAUAAUAAGUGUUCUGGAUUAAGCAAUUGGUACGGUUUGAUUCCUGUGCUCUUCCCAAACGCCAGGUACAUAUACGGUAUCAUGACGGGGUCCAUGGAACCUUACCUCAAGAAAUUGAGGCAUUAUGCAGGGGAGCUACCACUACUGAGUGCAGAUUAUGGUUCUUCUGAAGGAUGGAUUGGUGCAAAUGUCAAUCCUAAGUUACCUCCUGAGCUAGUUACUUAUGCAGUGCUUCCUAAUAUCGGUUAUUUCGAAUUCAUUCCUCUCAGGGUAAAUUUAGAUGGCCUUGAGCCUACACCAGUGGGUCUUGCUGAAGUUAAACUAGAUGAAGAGUAUGAAAUUGUUGUCACCAACUUUGCAGGGUUGUAUCGUUACAGGCUCGGCGAUGUUGUGAAAAUAAAAGGAUUCCACAAUGCCACACCAGAACUCCAGUUCAUUUGUCGUAGCAAUCUUUUGCUAAGCAUAAACAUUGACAAGAACACUGAGAAAGACUUACAGCUAGCUGUAGAAGCAGCAGCCAGGCACUUAGUAGACGAAAAACUAGAGGUAGUCGAUUUCACAAGCCACGGGAACGUUGCAACUGAUCCAGGACACUACGUGGUUUUCUGGGAACUCAGUGGUGAAGGGAGUGACGAAACACUGCAAGAAUGCUGCAAUUGUUUGGACAAAUCGUUUGUAGAUGCAGGGUACGUGGGGUCUCGGAAGGUGAAUGUAAUUGGAGCACUUGAGCUUAGAGUUGUGAAGAAGGGGACAUUUCAUAAGAUAUUAGAUCAUUUUGUAGGCUUAGGAGGUGCUGUUAGCCAGUUCAAGACUCCAAGAUGUGUUGGUCAGAACAACAGCAGACUGCUACAGAUACUAUGUUAUGAUGUUGUCAAGAGCUAUUUUAGUACUGCCUACUCUUGAUGUUGAACUUGGAUGUAUCAUUAAUAAUUGCACAAAAUUGUUG